AUGAGUGACGAUUUGCUCAGGAGGAGUCUUCCAAAUGAAAGUGAUCGUACUUUCACUCUUGAUCAAAUGAUAGAGUAUUUAACAACACCUGAUGUUGUUAAUGAAGUUGUAUCAAGCAUGAAAAGCUCUGGUUGCCAAGAUACUGUUACAAUUGAAAUGGUUGCAACAGCUUUACAGCACAAUGGCUUCCAUAAGGAAUUUGUUGAUUUCCUGACUCAUUUCUCUCAGGAAAAGAUCAAAAAUAUCUACAUUCCACGCGUACAUUUAUCACUUUACUACUUACAAAACUGUUUAAGGUCGCCAAAUGACUCAGAAGCAGAUGAAAAUCGUGUUGAAGAAACUAUCAGACAAGCAUGGGCCCUUGAUUACAGAUAUUUCUUCAUUUGGCUUGCAAGAUGUUUCUUCGAAUUAUACCGUGGAAACCUUAAGACUGCUAAUGAUUACUACGAUACAGGUCUCUCUCUUUUUGAACAAUCAAAGCGCCAACAGGGCAGUGAUAAGAAGUCAAAUGAAGACCAAGCUAUUAACGAUAUUACAAAGAUUUUUAACCUUGUUCCAUUCCUUAGUUUGGCAAAUGGCUUAUUACAGUUCGCAAUGGGCGAAUAUCAAGGCGCAUUUCAAGAAUUUAAGAAAUUAUUCAACACUUCCAUUCCUGCUUUCCCAUUAAUUCGUCUUGCAAUUGGCAUGUGCUUAGAAAAGCUCGAUAAGCGUGACGAUGCUAUUCUUGCAUACAAGAGAUGUCUCGAAAUUGAUCCAACAAACCUUACAGUUCUUAUCAGACUUAUUUUACUCGAUAAGGCCAGUCUUGUUCAGUACUACGAAGCUGCCAAGAAGGUCAACAGCAAAUCAAUUGCAUUAAGAAUCUUAGAAUUACAACUUCGUUUCGAAAACAUCAAAUUACAAGAAAAGAAGAAGGACAAAAAGUUCGUCAAACUCGCUGGUGCUCUCUACGAAGACAUUCCUAAGCGCCAAGUCGAAUUCAAAGCAGAAGCGUUAUUCCAAUUAGCCAGAUACUGGCAUUAUACUGGCAAGAAGACACCAGAGGAAUUAAUCGAUUACUACCAGGAAGUCCUUAACGUCUACAAGGACCAUCUCCAAGCUCAAUUUGCAAUCUCUCAUCUUUCUGUAGCCAUUGGCAAGUACAAGGUGGCCAUUGACUACCUAAAGCCAGUUAUUGCAAGCUAUACAACCCAGUUCGAGCCCCAUUUCGUCCUUGGCAUGGCUCUCGCCCAAGCAUAUAAAAACGAUAACAAGACAGACACGGCAAACCAGGCCAAAGCCCAACUUUCCGAAGCCAUCAGACUCUCCCAAGGCAAGACCUUCAAAGAUCUCUACAAAGUACACUCAACACUCGGCUGGUUGUGUCUCAAAACUCUUGAAUACGAUUCCGCGUAUUCAAAUCUCAAAUCUUCUGUUGCAUUACUCGAACAAAACAACAUGAAGCCAGAUGAUCAGACGCUCACCUUCCUUGGCAUCUCACAGUUCGAGCUUGAGAAGUAUCCAGAAGCAUUGAAGACCUUCGAAUCUGUUUCCAACAAAUCGAAUGCAAUUGUUAGAUUCAACAUUGGCAGAUGCAUGGAAACACUCGGUCGUCUUAAAGAUGCAAAGGAAUACUACACGAAAUUGACAGAAGACUUCCCAAGAUUCCCAGAACCAUACCUCAGACUCGGUGUCAUUUCUGUCGCAGAAAAAGAUUAUUUGACAGCCGAACAAUACUUCAAGACUGUCGAUGAAGAAUGCCCUGAACAGAAGAUCAGAGCAAUGCUUUAUCUCGCGGACUUAUACUUGCAUUCGAAGCCAAGAGUUUCAAUGCAAUACGCAGAUGAAGUCAGAAAACUCACAACAAACAUUGUUCCUAACUCUUCUUCUUCCAACUUUUCUGACGGAUAUUUGACGGCAAAUGUUUACUUGGCAAAUGCUUAUUUAAUCGAUUCGCAGAAGCCAAAUCUCCAACAGUCAGAAAGACUCCACAACUUAGAUAAAGCAACAUCAUUUUACCACGCAGCUUUGAGAGGCAAUAAAUACUGCAUUUCUGCUGCUUCUGGACUCGCUUUGUGUUGGUUGUUGAGAGGAGCAGCGAAAGACACAAUCCAAUACUUGAGACUCGUUAAAGAGAACAUGGAGAGAUUGCCAGGUCCGGCUGAAUGUCUUGCGAACGCUUACCUCACAGGAGGAGGUAUUGGAUCAAUGGAUAACAACGGAAGAGAUCCUGAUCAGGCUGCAAAGGAAUUCGAAGCUUGCAACAAAGAACACUACGAAAGAACAAAUACUGGUUUGUUCGCAGGAGCAUUUCAAGCGUACAAAGCAUCUCAGAAAUACGACAGAUGCCUUGAAAUGGCUGAGUACAUGAUUCAAUUGGAACCAGACAGAAUCAUGUUCAGAGAUUUCCUCGCAAACUCUUUGUUCAAGAGUGUUGAAACUAAUUCUUCUUCACAUGUGACAGAGAGAUCCAAACUCAGAGUUUCUAUGGUUGACAUGUGGGUUUCGCAGUUGAAUAGAGCUCUAGAGUUGUACGAGCUUUCCAAACAAGAAGCUCAAAAUGACUACAAGAGAAUCGACUACUACAAUAAAUAUAUCGAACGCAUAAAGAAGAUCAUCAAGAAAUGCGAUAUAUUGAGAAAGAAGGCAGAAGAAAAUGAAAGAGAAAGAGCUCUCAAAUAUGCUAAAUCAAUCCCAGAUCUCCCAGAUCCAGAUAUGUCUCAAAGAUUAUAA